AAACGCUCUGUUAAGAUAGAAGAACUGCAUUAUGAAGUUGCUUCUUGCUUCUCUGCUUCUGGACAUUGCCGUAGUCACAUGCUAUGAAUACUCUUUCGAGGAUAUUUGGACGAAAGACAUUUGUCCAGACUUUUUGCGGAAAUCACCGAAUGCAAAGAUUGCGAUCGAGAAAAUAAUGGAAGAAUGCAAGAAAGGAAGAAGAAGCAAAAGAGUAAGACUAAGCAAAAGACUGAAAAGAAUAUGUCAACCGAAAAUUUUGGAGUGGAUCAAGGAAAAAAAGGUUUCGGCAUCACAAACGUGGGAGCAAGCAUGCCCUCGUCGCUACUUAGCAUAGAACUGAAUGGUUGUUUUGCACUGCUGAAAAAUAAAUGAAAUGAGUACAGCCAGUCUGAGAGAAUUUUAUAUCUGACUAGUGAUUGCCAUUUCUAGUGUUGCACUUGCUGCUUUAUUCGUCAAAAACUGUCCUCAAA